UUGAAGAAGCAGGCAGAAAUGCAGAAACAACGAGCAAUGUUGGAUCCAAAACUGAGACACAAAGUUUGGAUGUCUGUGAGGACAGCAAAAAAAAUCCAUCAUCCCAAACAGGGUCAAAGGUUAAGGCCCAAACAGUGGUAUCUACUCAAAAGACACCUAUGAAAAAGCAGCAAGUCAAUAGGGUGAUGCCAAGACUAGUGGCAACUCUGAUACCAAAGACAGAAGGAACGGUUAAUAAAAACCAAACUCAGGUGCCAAAGGGCUCUGGUCCAAAAACAGGAACAAGGAGAUCAAAUUCCCAACUAUUGCCUUUCUUCAUGCAGAAAAAGCACGGUAUGGAAAGCCCGAUGAUCACUUUGGUUGUGACACCAUUGAAUUCCAUCAUGGAAGAUCAGGUGAUGAGUCUCCAGAGAGUGGGAAUUCAAGCUUGUUUUCUUGAUUACGAUGGCAAAAAGGGGACACGAUAUACAUUUGACACGCAUGAUAGUGGUGAUGAGGAAGCGGAAGGAGAAGACCAGGAUCAAGAUGAUACUGUUGUUGCCAAAGACGUGGACAUCAAUGAUGUGAUGAAGGGGAAAUAUCAGCUAGUUUAUGCCCACCCCGAGACACUUACGAAGAGCAAGAGAGUGGCCAGCAUGUUGAGGUCGAAAACAUACCAGGACAGGACAGGCGCAAUUGUUAUUGAUGAAGUUCACAUGGUUACAGAAUGGGGUGAAGGAUUUAGACCUGCAUUUAAGGAGUUAGGAGAGCUGACCUGCAUACUUCCCCAUGUAGCGCAUCUGGCAUUAACAGCAACAUCAACUGAUUUGAGAAUUUCAACUCUAUGUGGUAUUCUGAUGUACAAGGACCCUGCUGUGGUAAAGAUGAACCCGGAUCGACCAAAUAUUUACCUAUGUGUUCAAUCAAGGCUCCCGAAUAACAGGAAAUAUGAGAAAUAUGACGAAAUUCUGAAACCGGUGAUAACAGAACUGAAGCAGAAGCUAGAGAAAUUCCCUUUAACUAUUAUGUAUGUGGAAAGCUUAGAGGCCCUUGGAUAUUUCUACAGAUUCAGUUCGCACCACCUAGGGGAAAACCAGUAUUCACCAGUUGGAAGUGCAUCACCAGAGAAUAGAAUCAUUGCACAAUACCACAAGGAUUAUACGAAAGACAUGAAACAGUUAAUUGUGAGUGAACUUGGGAAAGAUUGUCCUAAAAUUAGACUGGUUUUUGCAACCGUUGCCUUAGGAAUGGGGUUGAAUGCUCCUUCAAUUGAAAGAAUAGUUCACUGCAGACCACCUACAACCCUUGAAAACUAUUUCCAGGAGAUAGGCAGAGCAGGCAGGAAGGGCCAGUCAGCUGAAGCAAUACUUCAUUUCAAUAAUAAUGACCUGGCAAAAUCUAGGAAAGGAUUGACCCAAGAAAUGAUCGAUUUCUGUCGAAAUAACACCACAUGUCUGAGGCGACAGCUUGUAAAAUACUUUGGGUAUGAUGAUGUUUUGUGUAAUGACAAGAUCAACUGCUGCAGUAACUGUAGAUGGAGUUAG